CCCUGGGACCCCGCCCCAGCCAUGCGUGCCCGCAGACUGGCCCUGGGCCUGGGCUCCUGCCUCUUAGUGGGCGCCGCCGUCUGGGCUCUGUGGGUGCAUGUCGACAACUGGCUGCCAUUCUCCUAUGUCCCCUAUUACCUCCCCUGCCCAGAGAUCUUCUCUUGUCGCCUCCACCAUCAGCAACAUGAAGCUGCAGUACAAGGGGGAGAGGCCUUUCCAGCCCGCGGCACAGGCACAGUACCCGCAGCCCAAGCUGCUGGAGCAGAGGCCUGUGGAGCUGCUGACACUCACGCCCUGGCUGGCGCCCAUCGUGUCCGAGGGCACCUUCGACCCCGAGCUCCUGCAGCACAUCUACCAGCCGCUGAACCUGACCAUUGGGGUCACGGUGUUUGCAGUGGGGAAGCCCCCCCCAGUUCACCCUCCUUUGGUGCGGUCACUGCUGCUUGUUGCUGCCCCCUCUCUGGCCUAGGCGUCUCGGCCUCUGAAACGGGAACCGCAGGGCCUUCCUCCUGGCCAGUACACGGGCUUCACGCGGCACUUCCUGGAGUCGGCCGAGCGGUUCUUCAUGCGAGGUUACCGGGUGCACUACUAUGUCUUUACCGACGACCCCGCGGCCAUCCCCCGGGGCCCACUCGGCGCCGGCCGCCGCCUCAGCGUCUUCCCGGUGCAGCCGCACUCCCGCUGGGAGGAGGUGUCCAUGCGCCGGAUGGAGACCAUCAGCCAGCACAUCGCCGCCAGGGCGCACCGGGAGGUGGACUACCUCUUCUGCCUCGAUGUGGACAUGGUGUUCCGGAACCCCUGGGGCCCCGAGACUCUGGGCGACCUGGUCGCGGCCAUCCACCCCGGCUACUUCAUGGCCCCCCGCCAGCAGUUCCCCUACGAGCGCAGGCCGGUCUCCACCGCCUUCGUGGCGGAGGGCGAGGGGGACUUCUACUAUGGCGGGGCGGUCUUUGGGGGGCGCGUGGCCAGGGUGUACGAGUUUACCAGGGGCUGCCACAUGGCCAUCCUGGCCGACAAGGCCAACGGCGUCAUGGCUGCCUGGCAGGAGGAGAGCCACCUGAACCGCCGCUUCAUCUCGCACAAGCCCUCCAGGGUGCUGUCCCCCGAGUACCUCUGGGACGACAGGAAGCCGCAGCCACCCAGCCUGAAGCUGAUCCGCUUUUCCACCCUGGACAAGGACACCCGCUGGCUGAGGGGCUGACGCAGAGCCGGGCUGCCGUGCCCACGGAGCAGCUUGCCCCUCAGGGAUCCCAGCCACCCAGGGGCCGAGCCUCGGGCGAGAGCAGACUGUUCUGUGCCCCGUCUAGCAGAACCCGGCCGGAAAUGAAUGCAGAAAAGCCUCUGCGAACUCGAAAGGGUUGUGCCCACGUGCCCAGCACACAGAGACCGGCCAGACGCCGGGAGCAGGGAGCCGGGUCAAGCAGGUGCGCCCACAGCCAACCCCAGCAGCAGUGCCUUUGCCGGGUGCGGUCUCGGCCCCCUGUCAGAGUGGGGUGCGAAAGGCGGCCGGACCCUGUCCUCUGGCUGCAGGAGGUGUCAGCGCUGUGACCUCACUUGGGACCCCGCAGUGAGGCUUUGAAAGGCACCAGGUCUCGGCAGCUCCUCUGGUCCAAUCCAGCCGGCACCCCAGGGUGGACUGGCCUGAGCCUGAGCUUCCUCCUUUGUAAGAGUGUUCGGGUGGUUUUUAAUAAAGCUGGCCUGUGCCAGGCCCUCAGCAGGGCCUGACCACCUGCAUAUCCAAGUGUCCGUGCUGUUGGCCACCGGGGGUCAGGCAGCCUGGGUUUCAAACGCCAUCAACUUGUGGGAGUGGUGGAGGGGGGUAUGUAUGGCUUUAAAAAAAACCUGGGUUAACUUGGAGGGUUCAUGGGCUCU